AUGUCAUCUUCAUCUACUCAUUAUAUACAAGAUUCAGAUGGAAAAUUAGCUACUGAAUCGUCACCACCAGGUAUGAAUUCAAUAACGAAUACAGUUGGUAUGCAUCCAAGUACCAAUCAAACAUUACCAUCAACUGAUCCAUCAAAUAUACGACGUAGUAGUUGUGAACAACAUGGUUGUACUAGUGAACACAGUGGAAAACCACAUGCAUAA